CUGAGUUCAUGCAGACAAACUGAACACAGACUCAGAUCAGCCUUCUCACCUUUCUGGCAUCCUCAUCAGUUCAGUCAAGAUGCGUGUAUUGUUCCUUAUGGUCCUGUAUGCUGGACUGUGCUACGCCAGCGACCAAGACAACAUAGAGACUCUAAUGGAUAACGUUCUGGUCCUGAGGGUGCCUUAUGGUCUGGGCACCAGGGUGAAUGUUCCUCUGAGCUGUGGAGAAGCGUACCAAAACCAGCCUGUGGUUUGGAAGAAAGACGGCGAGGACAUGGAGCCAGCUCUGCAGGGGAACCAGGUGACGGUCCUGGUGGAGGAGAUGAAUGGAGGAAACUACACGUGUCACCUCGGUCCAGACGGGGAAUACCUCAACCACACUGUGAUCCUGGUCCAACUGGACCCAGACAACAGGACCGUCAUACUGGAGGAAAAAUCCCCUGAGAAGGGUCACAUCCACUGUUCAGCACCGAACUAUAAAGGCUCCUUCCACUGCAGCUGGAGAAGAACAAGGGCCAGAUCCAGCGCCGCCGUGCUCCUGGUGAAGGCAGAACGGAAUUUUGAAAAUAUUUCCUGUGAGCUGAAUGCUGAUGGAUCAGGGAUUCGCUGCCAGGAUAACAGCUGCCCAUACAAAGAGGAACAGCACCGCAUCUCCAUCACCAUCUACAUACACAGCUACUCUCGCCUGGAGGCCUACACAAAGGCUUUCUACCUGAGAGAGAUUGUGAGGCCCGAAGCGCUCCCUAACCUGACCAUCAGUAACGGGAAUGUGUUCAGCUGGAGCUACCCUGAAUCCUGGGAGAAGCCCUGCACCUUCUUUGGCCUGCAGUUCCAGGUCAAAGUGGUCCAGAAAGGACAUCCCUGUGACAGUGCCAACAACAUCAUGCUGAACACCACUCAGGAAACUCAGUAUGAGGUCAACGUCAAAUCCCCUAAGUAUGUUUUCUGUGUGCGAGCUCAGGACAAAUAUACCAACGGGCCUUUCAGCCACUGGAGCCGAUGCAUAGUGGAUAAACACACCGAGAGCUGCUAGAUUCUAUCACUGGACUGCAGUCAUAAAGGAUGGACGAACACAAGGAUGCAAGAACAACAUAU